AUGGCGCUCGAAACCCUUCAAAUCGAGCACGUUCCCUCGGACCACCACGUCUACGCCGCCCUAUUUCGCGACGUCCAAAACGUCGACUUCCUCCAAGCCCAGCUGAUCGGCAAGAACCCCGAGUUUGAGUACGCCUUCAUCGACGCCUCGGUCAUCAUCUCCCGCACACACCUGCUCGCCGCCAUCUUCCGCGCGCUCAAUACCUUGACAGAGGGCACACUCCAGACGCCCAACGUCCACUCUGACAUUGUCAUUGGCCUAAGUCCUACUAACAACAUCUCCGAAUCCUACCGCCGCUACGGUCUAACCCCCUCCAAAACGCGCGACGUCCUAGUCAUCAAAGUCGUCUACCCCAAACUCUCCUCCGAAAACUCCACAAUCACCAACGAAGUACCGACACCAGCAAGCAUAUGGCAACACCUGACCACCCACAUCCAAGGAAAGCCCGUACCCCUAACGGACGAAGAGCUGGCCAAGUCGACCGAUUGGCAAAAAGUGCGCAAGUAUUACAAGUUGAAUGGUGUGCCGGGGGUGGAGAGGAUAGACAAGGCGGAUGAGGAGGGGAGGAGGAGGGAGAUGGAGGGGUUAGUUGUUAGUGGGAUUGCGUUGAGGGGGUUGUAG